AUCUGUUCCCAUUGGAAACGACAGGCGGUGAUAUAUCCUGGGUUACGACAAUGCCGUUGACGAAUGGAAAGCUGCAUGCGCCAUUACGCAUGAGUUUACAUUACUUCCUCGUUUACAAAGCCGUACGACUCCAACUAAAUUACAAGUUUCGAUUGUUAAGGAGUGGGUGCAGUGGAAACCACACAUUUCUACCUAUCAGACAGUUGAACAUCUCUCGUAAUAGAAUGGACAGUAAGAAGAACAUUGAAAAUAGGUCGAUUCACUCGGACAACGUCGAGGAAGUUCAUAACGUGCCAAUGGAAGUUAUCAUACGACCAAUCCCUCCUCUACUAGAUGAGUCCAAAGUUCAGAGCCUUAUGGGUACAAUCCAGGAAUCUACAGACAUCAGCAUUGUUCCUCCUAUUGAUAUACUCUGGAUCAAGGGCAGGGAAGGAGGGAAUUACUACUACUCCUUUGGAGGCUGUCACCGGUUUGAGGCAUACAAACGGUUGAAAAUGAACACCAUUCCAGCAAAGAUCUUCAAAUCAAAUGUUGCAGACCUACGCACUUACUUGGGCUCUUCAACGCCAGACCUACAUUGAAGUUGGGGCGGUAGGGUAGGCUAGUGGUUAGAGCGUUGGACUAGUAACCAAAAGAUUGCUUGCCUAGUUAAAUAAAGACUUGCCUAGUUAAAAAAAGUUGAAUUAACAGAGGACUGUUUUUGAGUCACAGUCAGUAUGAGGACUGUAGAUGUGGGUAUACUCUACACUGACUGUACAAAACAUUAGGAACACAUGCUCUUUCCAUGACAGACU